UUCGCGAGCCCGGGCGAGGUCUCUGUUCGCAGGCCCCGCCGGUCCCGGGCCCGCGCGCUCCGCUUCGCUCUUCUCUUCUCUCUCGCUCGCUCCGCUCCGCUCUUUCUCCGAGCGUGCGCCCGGCUCCGACCCUAGCCCCGGUCCAGCCCGGCCCCGCCGCGUUCUCUCGUCCCCCGCGCCUUCCGCGGUACCCCGCCGCGCCCGGCCGCCCUCGCUCCCCGGUCCCGCCGCGCCCCCGCCGCGGGCCAUGGCCGACAGCGCCAGCGAGAGCGACACGGACGGCGCGGGCGGGCCGGGGGGCGGCGGGCCCGGGGGCAGCGGGGGGCCCGGCGGGCCGGGGGGCGGCGGGCCCGGGGGCGCCGGACAGUCGUCGUGCUCCGGGGGCACGGGCGGCGGCAGUGGCGGCGGCGGAGCAGGCGGCGGCGGAGGAGGAGGAGGAGGCCCGGGCGGCGGUGGCGGCGGCGGCGGGAAGCCGGGCGGCAUUGUCAUCUCGCCGUUCCGCCUGGAGGAGCUCACCAACCGGCUGGCGUCGCUGCAGCAGGAGAACAAGGUGCUCAAGAUCGAGCUGGAGACGUACAAGCUCAAGUGCAAGGCGCUGCAGGAGGAGAACCGCGACCUGCGCAAGGCCAGCGUCACCAUCCAAGCGCGGGCCGAGCAGGAGGAGGAGUUCAUCAGCAACACGCUCUUCAAGAAGAUCCAGGCCCUGCAGAAGGAGAAGGAGACGCUGGCCGUGAACUACGAGAAGGAAGAGGAGUUCCUCACCAACGAGCUCUCCCGCAAGCUCAUGCAGCUCCAGCAUGAAAAAGCAGAACUGGAGCAGCACCUGGAACAGGAGCAAGAGUUUCAGGUCAAUAAACUGAUGAAGAAAAUCAAGAAACUGGAGAACGAUACCAUCUCAAAGCAGCUCACACUGGAGCAGCUGCGGCGCGAGAAGAUCGACCUCGAGAACACGCUGGAGCAAGAGCAGGAGGCGCUCGUCAACCGGCUCUGGAAGAGGAUGGACAAGCUGGAGGCCGAGAAACGGAUCCUGCAGGAGAAGCUGGACCAGCCGGUGUCGGCGCCGCCGUCGCCGCGGGACAUCUCCAUGGAGAUUGACUCGCCCGAGAACAUGAUGCGCCACAUCCGCUUCCUGAAGAACGAGGUGGAGCGGCUCAAGAAGCAGCUGCGGGCGGCCCAGCUCCAGCACUCGGAGAAGAUGGCGCAGUACCUGGAGGAGGAGCGGCACAUGCGCGAGGAGAACCUGCGGCUGCAGAGGAAGCUGCAGCGGGAGAUGGAGCGCCGGGAGGCCCUGUGCCGGCAGCUCUCCGAGAGCGAGUCCAGCCUGGAGAUGGACGACGAGAGAUACUUUAACGAGAUGUCCGCCCAAGGCCUGAGGCCACGCACUGUGUCCAGCCCAAUCCCCUACACGCCUUCUCCCAGCUCCAGCAGGCCCAUCUCGCCCGGUCUCUCGUACGCCAGUCACACGGUUGGCUUCACCCCACCCACGUCGCUGCCUCGAGCCGGAAUGUCUUACUACAACUCCCCCGGACUCCACGUGCAGCACAUGGGAGCUUCCCACGGCAUCACGAGGCCUUCGCCCCGCAGGAGCAACAGCCCGGACAAAUUCAAGCGGCCCACGCCUCCGCCGUCCCCGAACACACAGACCCCCGUCCAGCCGCCGCCGCCCCUGCAGCCCUCCCUGCCCUCGGCCGCGUCGCCGACCGCCCCCUCGCCACACUCGGUGCACCCCCCCCCUCAGCCCUAGUGCAUGCGCUGCGGCGGGGGCUCGGCGGGGAGGCAGCCGGAGCCUCUGGACGGAUGGCGGCGGCGGUGUUUGCGCAGACGCGGCUAGCCUGCGGCCGAUGACGCCGACUCCCGGGACCGCUUUGUCCGUCGGCCUUUACUUGAAUGGACGGCAGCUGUUUUGUGGCUGGGACUCGCUGGCUCGGCUCUAGAGCUUUCCCUCCUGGCUUUUAGGUUGGUAAAACGGAAGGGAGACGCUCGUCUUCCCCCUCCCCGGCCCUCCCCCUCGGCCCCUGGCAGGAAGGGCGGCCGGUGCCCCCGGAAGGACAGUCGGCUCCCUCCGCAGGCCUGUGUCCAGUCAGAUUCCCAUCCGCCCCCUUCCGUCGGGCACGUGGGAUUCGUCCGGGGCCGCCGAGCGUGAGAUGGCCCGAUGGUUCCCCUCCCGUCAGCUGACCACGCCGGCGUGUCCGGCACGUUCUGUCCGAGUCGUGUCCACCCCCCUCGGCCCCCCCUCAUCGCCAGGACUUCCUCGAAGAGCUGGAAGGCGGGUUUUCAGGAAGCAGAUUCUUCCCAGAGGCGGACUGAGCGGACAGGACAGGAAGGCAGGCCAGGAGAGAGCCGGAGAGGGCGGAGCGCCCGGAGGCGGGAGGACGCCGCCCCUGGGGGUCCCGUUUCUGUUUCUGUCCGUGGUAGUGAAGUGACCCCCGUGUGUGCCCAUCCGCUCAGUCUUUCCGUGAGUGUGUAACUUGUGUGGGCUCUAAUCAGAGCCACACCGUCCUUCCGCGUCCCCGUGUGAGCGCACCGCCUCGCCGCCCCCUUGUGGAACCCGCCUGCAAAGGAACGUUGUAGAUAUUAAAUAUUGUGCAGUCCUGUAGCCUGUCCUUUCUGCCUCCGAGUCCCUAUUUAAGAGUCGAGGCUCGCCCUGCCCUGCCCCCGCCCAGGGGCUCCCCUCGGCCCCGCGUGUGCUCGGGCUGGGGCGGUGAGCCUUGCCCGUGUGCCCAGCCACCAGGCCUGCUUCGGGCGGCUCUUGGGGCCGCUGCCCCAGCCCGGCCCCUGAGCCCAGGCUCCCCUUGUCCCCUGCCCCGAGGGCCCCCUUCCCAGCGAUGGGGGUGCCUGAGGCACGCAUCCCGGCUGUCCAGCGGCCCAGAAAAGAAGAGGCUCUCCGCACCGGAAGGAUUGUCCCCUCGUGUUCUCCGUGGCUGGAGAGGCCUUUUCCCCAGCCAGAGCCCACGAGUGUCAGCAUCGAAGAGAGCCCACGGCUGACCAAAGGUGACUCCCCUGGAGGCGGACCGGAGGCAGGGGAAGGACGGCCGGAAGCCAGAGCAAGCAGCGCCUUGCUCCAGGCCUGGGAGCGGAAGCCCCGGCGCCCUUCGGGGGGACGGGCCGCUGCUGCGCCGCCUCUGCUCCCGGAGGGGGCGCUCCCCGCCUCGUCGCCGCCCUCCCCGGCGUUGUUCGGACGAAGGAUCCCGGCGGCCCCCCUGCGGAUGACGCUGUAAAUGGGCGGCGCUACCCUGGGCCUCCCGGAGGCGGCUGUCCGCAGACCCCGGGCCUCGCCAGCUCGGAGGAGGAAGGCCGCCCCGUGGAACGAAGGCGUGACCAGGGUGUGGCUCGGCCCGGCGCCCUCUCUGCCCCCGCCGUCGAUCGGCCUUUCCACGGUCGGACCCAAGAGCCGGUCGGCGCCCCGCCGAGGGGGCUGUGGAGGAGCCGUGCGUGCUCAGCGCUGCGGCCCGUCUCGCGGGGAACCAACGCAGAACCGUCUCGGAUUACCAAAGAGGAGGUAGCAAACGGUAGUUUCUUCCCACGAUUCGUGAGCCAGUCUUGAAGCUGCUACGUGAGCUCCGCGCUCGAGAGCCAUUCUGACCAAUUAAGGGAGUUUUCUAACGAGACAGGCCAGCCGCCAGCCUCGAGGCAGUCUUUGGGGGCGGCGCCCGGCCUCUGCUUGGGGGGGGGGGACCCGCUCCUCCCAUGGGGUGGGCGCCGCGCGCCCUGCCUGCCUGUGUCUGUGUUCAUUCAUGCCUUAACUGGUUCCUGGCUGAGUUUGCCUCGUCGACUAGAUUGUAGCCUGCAUCUCGGUCCGAACGUCCCGGCCGAAACUCCCGCAGAAACGCGCCGAGACCACCCGGCCAACAGCACCGAUUCCAAGAACAUCCUCUCAUCGGGCCGAGCCUCCUUUGGACUUCGGCCCUCACGCAGGCCGUUAAAAGCGUGUCCUCCCGGCCCCUCGGGGCCUCGGAGGAGGGACCCAGGCGUCCGGCCCCCCAGCCCAGGCGUCCGGACGAUCUUGCUUGGUCAGAGUUGAGAGAGAUGUACGACCUCCACUUAAUGUCUUCUUUGCCUCUUUGUGUUGAUUAGUCUUUGAUACGUGUGCUGAAUCAGAACCUGAAUAAAGAUAAUUUUUUUAAAAUGG